UGCUUUUCCGUUCCGUUGGAGAACUGUUUAAUAUCAGUCAGCUACCACUUUGUGACUAUUUUCCUUUGAUGAGUUUAUUCUUGCGCCUUCAGCUUUUACCUGACAUGCAGAAGAUCUCUCAGGUUUGGAAAUAACGCCUGAAGAAGCGAUCUGCGGAGUGACACAGCACGUCGAAGAUGAACAACGUCAGAAGUCAAAAUGGUGGUUGUGAAACGAAGACCCUUGCCAAUUGCGUAGCAUUUAGGCCGGACAUGGAGUCGGGAUCUGACGACUUCUUGCCGCCGCCAGAGUGCCCAGUGUUCGAACCCAGCUGGGCCGAAUUCCAAGACCCACUUGGCUAUAUUGCGAAAAUCAGGCCUAUUGCGGAGAAGUCUGGCAUUUGCAAAAUUCGGCCACCUGAGGACUGGCAGCCUCCUUUUGCAGUAGAAGUUGACAACUUCAGAUUUACUCCUCGCAUCCAGAGGCUAAAUGAACUAGAGGCUCAGACCAGAGUGAAACUGAACUAUUUGGAUCAGAUUGCAAAAUUCUGGGAAAUUCAAGGUUCCUCAUUAAAGAUUCCCAAUGUAGAGUGCAGGAUCUUAGACCUCUACAGUCUUGGUAAGAUUGUGUUGGAGGAAGGUGGCUAUGAAGCCAUCUGCAAAGAUCGUCGGUGGGCCCGAGUUGCUCAGCGCCUGAACUACCCACCAGGAAAAAACAUUGGUUCAUUGCUCAGAUCUCACUAUGAACGCAUCAUUUACCCCUAUGAAAUGUUUCAGUCUGGAGCCAACCUUGUGCAGUGUAACACACACCCAUUUGACAGUGAGGAAAAAGAUAAGGAAUACAAACCGCACAGCAUCCCCCUUAGACAGUCUGUGCAGCCUUCAAAGUUCAGCAACUACAGUCGAAGGGCAAAAAGACUACUGCCUGAUCCAGAGCCCACAGAGGAAGACAUUGUGAAGAAUCCAGAGUUGAAGAAGUUACAGAUUUAUGGGCCAGGCCCCAAGAUGAUGGGCUUGGGCCUUAUGGCUAAGGCUAAGACACUGAGGAAGAAAGAUAAAGAAGAAGUUGCAUGCUCUUCCACUGUUACAGUGAAGGAAGAACCCAGUAGGGAUGGGAAGGUGGCGUCAGCAUUGCCCAAGGAAGACUUGAGCCAUAGCCUAGAGCCCUGCAGCAAGAUGACCAUGCGGCUACGGAAGAAUCACAGCAGUGCCCAGUUUGUUGAAUCACAUUUUUGCCGACUAUGCUCCCGAGGGGAUGAAGAUGAUAAGCUUCUUCUCUGUGAUGGCUGUGAUGAAAAUUACCACAUCUUCUGUCUAUUGCCACCCCUUCCUGAAAUCCCCAGAGGGGUUUGGAGGUGCCCAAAGUGUAUUUUGGCGGAGUGUAAGCAGCCCCCUGAAGCUUUUGGUUUUGAGCAGGCCACCCAGGAGUACACUUUGCAGAGUUUUGGUGAGAUGGCUGAUUCCUUCAAGGCUGAGUACUUCAACAUGCCUGUACAUAUGGUGCCUACAGAACUUGUGGAAAAGGAAUUCUGGAGGCUGGUGAGCAGUAUUGAGGAAGAUGUGACAGUUGAGUAUGGAGCAGAUAUUCAUUCCAAAGAAUUUGGCAGUGGCUUUCCUGUCAGCAGUAGCAAACGGAACCUGUCCCUUGAGGAGGAGGAGUAUGCAGCCAGUGGUUGGAACCUGAAUGUGAUGCCAGUGCUAGAUCAGUCUGUUCUCUGCCACAUCAAUGCGGACAUCUCAGGCAUGAAGGUACCCUGGCUCUACGUGGGCAUGGUUUUCUCAGCAUUUUGUUGGCAUAUUGAGGAUCACUGGAGUUACUCUAUUAACUACCUGCACUGGGGUGAGCCGAAGACCUGGUAUGGGGUACCCUCACUGGCCGCUGAACAUUUGGAGGAAGUGAUGAAGAGGCUGACACCUGAGCUGUUUGAUAGCCAGCCUGACCUCCUCCAUCAACUUGUCACUCUUAUGAAUCCCAACACCCUCAUGUCCCAUGGUGUGCCAGUUGUCCGCACAAACCAGUGUGCAGGAGAAUUUGUCAUCACUUUCCCGCGUGCUUACCACAGUGGCUUCAACCAAGGCUAUAACUUUGCUGAAGCUGUCAACUUUUGCACUGCUGACUGGCUACCUGCUGGACGCCAGUGCAUUGAACACUACCGCCGUCUUCGGCGUUAUUGUGUCUUCUCUCAUGAGGAGCUUAUCUGCAAGAUGGCUGCCUUCCCAGAGAAGUUGGAUUUGAACCUAGCAGUGGCUGUACAUAAGGAGAUGUUCAUUAUGGUUCAGGAGGAGCGACGUCUACGAAAGGCCCUGUUGGAGAAGGGCAUCACGGAGGCUGAGCGGGAGGCUUUCGAGCUGCUUCCAGAUGAUGAACGCCAGUGCAUCAAGUGCAAGACCACGUGCUUCCUGUCAGCCUUGGCCUGCUAUGACUGUCCAGAUAGCCUUGUCUGCCUUUUCCACAUCAAUGACCUCUGCAAGUGCUCAAGUAGCCGCCAGUACCUACGAUACCGAUAUACCUUGGAUGAGCUCCCUACCAUGCUGCAUAAGCUGAAGAUUCGGGCUGAGUCUUUUGACACGUGGGCUAACAAAGUGCGUGUGGCCUUAGAAGUGGAGGAUGGCCGGAAGCGCAGCUUUGAAGAGCUAAGAGCUCUGGAGUCUGAAGCCCGUGAGAGGAGGUUUCCUAACAGUGAGCUGCUUCAGCGAUUGAAAAACUGCCUACGUGAAGUGGAGACUUGUAUUUCCCAAGUCCUGAGGCUGGUCAGUGGUCAAGUGGCCAGCUCCUGUAAGGUAGAAACCCCACAACUGACCCUGACUGACCUCCAGGUUCUUCUCGACCAGAUGGGCAGCCUCCCCUGUGCCAUGCAUCAGAUUGGGGAUGUCAAGGAUGUCUUGGAACAGGUGGAGGCCUACCAAGCUGAGGCCCGAGAGGCUCUGGCUUCACUGCCUUCUAGUCUAGGGCUACUGCAGUCCCUUUUGAAGAGGGGGCAACAGCUGGGUGUGGAAGUCCCUGAAGCCCAUCAGCUCCAGCAGCAGGUGGAGCAGGCAAAAUGGCUAGAGGAAGUGAAGCAGGCACUGGCCCCUUCAGGCCAAAGGGGCUCUUUGGUCAUCAUGCAGGGGCUAUUGGUUAUGGGUUCCAAGAUAGCCUCCAGCCCUUCCGUGGACAAGGCCCAGGCUGAGCUGCAGGAAUUGCUGACCAUUGCAGAGCGCUGGGAAGAAAAAGCUCGUUUUUGCCUGGAGGCCAGGCAGAAACAACCACCAGCUACAUUGGAAGCCAUAAUCCGUGAGGCAGAAAACAUUCCUGUUCACCUGCCUAACAUCCAGGCACUCAAAGAAGCUCUGACUAAGGCACAGGCUUGGAUUGCUGACGUGAUUGAGAUUCAAAAUGGUGACCACUACCCCUGUUUGGAUGACUUGGAGGGCCUAGUGGCUGUGGGCCGAGACCUACCUGUCAGCCUGGAAGAGCUAAGACAGCUAGAGCUGCAGGUACUCACAGCACAUUCCUGGAGGGAGAAAGCUUCCAAGACUUUCCUCAAGAAGAAUUCUUGCUACACACUGUUGGAGGUGCUCUGUCCAUGUGCAGACGCCGGCUCAGACAGCACCAAGCGCAGCCGGUGGAUGGAGAAGGAGCUGGGGUUGUACAAAUCUGACACAGAGCUGCUGGGGCUGUCUGCACAAGACCUCAGAGACCCAGGCUCUGUGAUCAUGGCCUUCAAGGAGGGAGAACAGAAGGAGAAGGAGAGUAUCCUGCAGCUGCGUCGCACCAAUUCAGCCAAGCCCAAUCCACUGGCAUCAUCAACCACAGCCACCCCUGUAACCUCUAUCUGUGUGUGUGGGCAGGUGCCAGCUGGGGUGGGAGCCCUGCAGUGUGACCUGUGUCAGGACUGGUUCCAUGGGCAGUGUGUAUCAGUGCCUCACCUCCUCAGCUCUCCAAGGCCCAGUCCCACAUCAUCCCCACUUCUGGCCUGGUGGGAAUGGGACACAAAAUUCCUGUGUCCACUGUGUAUGCGCUCACGGCGCCCACGCCUGGAGACUAUCCUGGCACUGCUAGUAGCCCUGCAGAGACUGCCUGUGCGGCUACCUGAGGGCGAGGCCCUACAAUGCCUCACAGAGAGGGCCAUUGUCUGGCAAGGCCGUGCCAGACAGGCUCUGGCCUCUGAGGGUGUGACUCCUCUGUUGAGACGUCUGGCUGAGCUUCGACAACAGCUACAGGCUGAACCUAGGCCCAAGGAGCCCCCUACUGCCACUUCAGCCCAUGCCUUUAACCAUCUAAUAGAAGGCAAUGGCAACAAUAUUUCUAAGGUCCAAGGGUUGCUGGAAAAUAGAGACAGCAUGAGCAGUCCUGGGAAGAUAGCUCCAGGAGAGGGUUCAGGUAAAAGAGAUGUGGCACUAUUGUCCUCACUGUUGCCAGAGUUGACUGGCCCUGUGUUGGAGCUGCCUGAGGCAACCCGGGCCCCCCUGGAGGAGCUCAUGAUGGAGGGUGACCUUCUUGAGGUGACUCUGGAUGAAAAUCAUAGCAUCUGGCAGCUACUGCAGGCUGGACAGCCUCCAGACCUGGAGAGGAUCCACACACUUUUGGAACUGGAGAAGCCUGAGCAUCAGGGGAUUCGGACAAGGGGCCAUGCACUGGAAAGACGACGGAGGCAACGGAAGAUCGAUCAGAGUAGAAAGGGUGAGAAUCUUACUCAAGAAGAACUGGGGUCCAAAAGGGCCCGGAGCUCAGGGAUUAAGCCUGAGGAAGGCCAAGAGAAAGAACAAUUUGAGGAAGAAGUAGAACAUAAAAAUAUGUUUAUGACACACCCCACAGAUGACAGCCCCAUCUUAAAAGGGAACCACAAUAGCUUACAACAGAAGGAUUCAGGACCCUCAUCUGCUUUUGCUUCUUUAACACCUUUGCUACACCUCUCCUGCCCUCUUCACCAAGAGUUGUGACAGCAGCACAAAAGGUUAUUUUUUGUGCUUUUUGUCGGUUUUUGUUUUGUUUUUAGUGCCAUUGCCUCCUGGCCAGGACCUAAAAAGGAAUUUAUUUCCUGUCUAGAAUUUGUGACCUUAGAUUUUUUUUUUUUUUUAACCUUAUCCCUAACAGUAUUGUUUGAAGCUUAGCUGCCAAGGACCGUACCCUGUAUGCUUCAUCUCAGAAGUCUCUUGCCAGCAGCAUUCCUGGGACUAGGAUACAGGAGUGAUUUUUCUAAGCCAGUUUCAGUCUAGUUUGGAUAAACUUGAAAAAGGCCAAAUGUAUUCCCUUAUUUCUUAUACAUAUAUAUUUUUACCUUUGUUUCUGUACUCUUCUUUUUUCUUGUUCUUAUGUCUUAUAAAAUAUUUUGAUGCUUCAAGCCUUGUAUCUUUAUUCUACCUCCUUUUCUUUUCUUCCCUUGGUUCACACUGUAAGAGAAGACAUUGUAUUAUGUAAUUACUGGUUAAGGCUAAAAAGAAGAGAGUAAAAUAAGAAAUUCUUGUUUCUAGCUGUUGUCUGUUUUUUAAUUUGAUUCUUUUGUUAAAAAAAAUAAAACCAU